UAACCAGACAGGAUUUCCAUUGUCCAGGCUACCUUCUGUAGCUCACUGUCUGUCUAAAGGCAGUGCUAUGUUACAAUGCCACCUAAGAAGAAACCAAAGCUGACUGAUGUCCAAGCCGAAUCUGCGCAGCCGGCCGCCGAUACACCUGCCAGUGAGCGCGCAGGCAAGCCAGACAAUGGGCACUAUUUGGUAGCGGAUCCCUGGACAGAUGAGCAGGAGACAGCUCUGCUGAAGGGGAUUAUCAAAUGGAAGCCAGUUGGCAUGCACAAACACUUCCGUAUGAUAGCAAUCUCCGAGUUCAUGAAAAGCCAGGGCUACGCGCCAUCGAAUUGCGAGCACACGCGGAUACCAGGAAUAUGGAAGAAGCUAGGGACACUCUACAACCUGCCUGCGCUCGAUGAACGUGAAGAUUCGUUGAUUACAGAACCAUCUGAUGACCCUGACGGAUCAAAAGACUUCUAUUGCCCGUUUGAACUGCCCGAAGACGAAUACGGCGACCUGAUGUUCGAGAGGAGGCUUGCGAUGGAGGGAUCCGCGUCACCUAAUCCCAGUGCGCAAGCAGAGUCCAGAAGAUGCAGUACAAUAGCGGAUACAGAUGAACCACGCUCAUCCCCAGCACCGUCACGAGGCAGAAAAGGAACCCGCAGCGCUCGCCAAGGAACGCGAGGCACCCGUUCGAUGAGACUCCAAGUCGAGAUUGAAUCUCGUAAAGGAUCGGGCGCCGGGGAAGAAGACGUAGGGUCCGAGGGGACCGGGGCAAACGAAGAAGGCGACGAGGAAGGGUCAGAUGGGGCGCAAGACGAGAGCGAAGAGGACGAGGCGGAGGGAGACACAGGCGGCUCACCAACUACAAGGAGCACACGUGCGCAGACGACCAAAUCCAGACCAAAAGGAGGCAGGGGCGGGGGAACAGGAACCAGAAGAGGUGGUCGGCGACGAUAGGAUUCAGCUCCUUGGGGUUCUCUUUCAUCUUUUGACAUGAUUUUGCAUUUCGAUACCUUGAAAAGCUCGGAGCAGGCGUUCGGCAGGAUUUAUGUAUGAUUAUGCAGAAGCCAUGACGCUUGUACUACUAUGAUCAUCUUUACGUUAGGGUCUGGCCAGUACGGAACAAGCUUCAAAUGAGAAACACGGAGUGUGUCGUCGACCAC